ACACACACACACACACACACGCACGCACGGACGCACGCGCGCGCACACACACACAUACACAGCAGUGAGGUACGGAGUUAGCUCUCUGGCUAACCACGGCGCUUUUUUGGCUCCUCUUACCGUUUCCGUAAAGAAAAAUCACACAAAAAAAGAAAACACACCUCUUUACCUCAGAGACGGUUGAUUUCUUUCCAGUUUGAUGCCACACAGGUGUAGGAACACCUUUUUAUUUCAAAGUUUGUUUUAUUUCUUUCUCCUCUCAGAAACCCCGCGAACGGAUGUGAAGGUGCCAAAGUGAAGCUGCUUUUUUUUUGUUUAUCUACUUCUUCUUCACCACCGUCAUCAGUUAUACUUUUUUUUAUGGGUCUUGUCUUUUCUUUAAUUUUUUUGGGAGGUCCCGUGUCAGCUUUACUGAAGUGGAAACACAAAUAUUAAUUUUUUAAAAUUUAUUUUUAAUUUUUUUUGGUUGGUGUUUUAUUUUUAAAUAGUGAAAUGGAUGUGAGAUUUUAUCCUCCUCCUCCUCCAUCAGCAACAGAUCCAUCCAGACUGGGACCAUCACAUUAUUCAGACUCCUCAUACUGCAAUAAGUACGACAGCGAAAACAUGUUCAUGCCGGUGCCUGAGCCGAGUCAGGACUUUGUGCCAGUGAACCAGUUCCCAAGCCCCAAACAGACCACAGCUCAGUGGAAGAGAGAAACUCCUUCUCAUCCAGAUGCACAUCGCCUGCCACACUGGCAGUCCUACCCAGUACCUGGUCUCAGCGAUGAGGACUUCAAUAUUCCCCCCAUCACUCCUCCCUCUCUCACUCACCUGGCCGACAGUGAGUCCGGACCGUACCACCCGCUCUGCCCCCCCACCCCUCACACGCUGCACCCCUUCAGCAUGCAGGGAAUGGACCUGCCCAACAUGGCCGCCCCCGGUGUCACGGGACAGGACGGGAACCUCCUCAGCAACUCCUCGCUCUCAGUGAUGCAGCAGAUGGUGAACUCGGACUCGCGAUACGGCGGCCGUCCUCACGGGGACACCCUCAGACCCAGAGUACCGUCAGGAAUGGUUCCUCAGGGUCAGCUGACCCCCGUCAACCAAUCACAGCUCGGCACUCAGCUGGGCGUGAGCGGGAACAACGGGAACAGCGGUGCUCACGGAUCACCUUCUCCUCCCGAGAGCAAGUCAGCCACGCCCUCUCCUUCCAGCUCCGUCCAUGAGGAUGACGCAGACGAGGCUCUGAAGAGUGGAGCGGAGAAGAGAGCAGCUACAGAUGUGGCCAAAAAACCCAAAACUCCCAAGAAGAAGAAGAAGAAAGACCCGAACGAGCCUCAGAAACCCGUCUCAGCGUAUGCUCUGUUCUUCAGAGACACACAGGCCGCCAUCAAGGGCCAGAACCCCAAUGCCACCUUCGGAGAAGUGUCCAAGAUCGUGGCCUCCAUGUGGGAUGGGCUGGGGGAGGAGCAGAAACAGAUGUAUAAGAAGAAGACUGAGACGGCGAAGAAGGAGUAUCUGAAACAGCUGGCCGCGUACAGAGCUACGCUCGUCUCACAGAGUUACAGCGAGCUGGGCGAUGUGAAGGUGUCCCAGGCGUCUCAGAUGCUUGGUCCUAAGCCGCCGUCAUUCCAGUCCCAUCCAGGGCUCUAUAUGGCUCCUCCGUACCCCCAGCAGCCCCAUCUUCCCCCCAUGCAGCCCGGACUGGCACGGGGUGGCGCCUCUCGGCCCGGCGCUAACAUUAGCAUGGGUAACAUGGCGGCUACGACGCCUCCUCCUCUUCAGAUCAGCCCCCCGCUACACCAGCAGCACAUCAGCCUGCAGCAGCAGAUGGGCAGCCAUGCGAUGCCACUGCACUCACCGUCUAUGGCCCAGGGUUUUCCUCUCCAGGCCGAGUAUCAGAGUUUAAUCAGUGUGUCGUCUCCCUCUAUGGAUUAUCGCUCCGGCUGCAGGACCGGACCGUCUCAAGGGCUCGACUGGACCACUGACUACUGCACCAAUGGUGCUCUGCAGAGGGAUAAAGCUCUGUAUCUGACCUGAUGGAGACCCAACGGAGAACUCCUGCAGGAACCAAGAGGCAGUUCACACUCCUCACAGUGACUGAUACACACCUCCUGUCCACUCACAUACACACUUACACACACACACACACACACACUCACACAGCUUACUCACACAUUACACACACAGAUCUGUAUGUGUGUGUGUGCGAGGGUUGUUGCUCUUUCCUCAUCACUCACUCUGUAACAGAACUGUCUUGUUCUGGGUUCUUUUGGGGCUAUUAGGAUGUAAAUUGUAGGAUAAAGUCACUUUAAAUCGCAGGGCUUUAAUUAAUUAAGGACCCUGUUGGUUUUAGUCCUUGUUAUGAAGUGACACGAGUCAAACUGUGAGUCUGUCAGUCGUAAAGCACUUACUGCUCCAUCGCUAAACAAAAAUCACAUCUCGGAGACAGAGAGGGACACACAAGCCACGUGUUAUCUGUAUUAUUAUUAUUAUUAUUAUUAUUAUUAUUAUUAUUAUUAAGCUGAACCAGUUACGCUGUGUUAAAUGCUGUAUUAUGUUCUAGAGCGGUAAAUUAAAUCAGUUCAAUUAACAACCACAACAACUGGACAAAUAUCCACGACAGCAGUCAGAGCAGGUUCGACAAGACCAGAGGAUAAUCCGAAGACGGGUUAUGUUUCGAGGUGUAUAAUCAGCAAUAACGAGGGCUAGGCUAUGAACACAAAGCAUGCAAACACAGGAAUUGGUAAGACGUCGAAAUAUUGUUGCUUUAGGAGCGGCUCUUGGUUUUGAAUCUUUAGGUGAAAGUUUCCACAUUUUUAGUCGACCAAGGUUUAUUCACUGGUGUAUCACAAGAGGGAAAAGUUGUGAUGUCACAAUAAUAAUAUUAAUAAUAAUAAUAAUAAUAAUAAUAAUAAUAAUAAUGGAGGCUUAUGUGAACAUACUUAAAGAGGAAAAUGAAAACCAAAAUUGCUAAACUGUUUUAUUCUCACAAAAUAAUCCAAUAAUACAUAAGACAAUAUGUGGAUGACCCCUUUACCCCCCAAUCUCUCUCUCUCUCUCUGUAAAGCUCUUUUAGUCCCCUGCCUUAGAACCCGAGCUCUGUUGUGAUUAUAGAGUGAUUUAGUUCAUGGCUCACGGCUGUGAACUGUGUAGUGGCUUCUUUUAGCCCUGAUCUCGAUUCAUGCUGUAAAUAGAAUCUGUGUGAUUAUUUACUCCCAGAGUUUACCAACUCGAUCUUUUAGUAACAGAAACUCUUUGUAAGCCAAAAAAAAAGGAUGAACUUCAAAAGUCCAGAGAUACCGAGCAUUGUUUUCAUCAUCGUGACGGCUAUACAGCCUAAAAUAUCUUUCUCACGGAUGCUAGAAAGUUAACAGGUUCUGCAGUCGUCCCUUUGUGAUAACCCUUAAAGGUGUUCUGUAGAACCAUGAAAAAAGGGACUUUUCCUUUCAAAAAAAGUGUUAACCACCCAAAGAACCCCUGAGGAACCUUUUUUUUUUUUGCAGCUAGUCAAUUUAAAAAAAAAAAAAAAAGGUAUGUGUAUUAAAAAAUAACAAACAGAAACUUUGUGGGUAGAUCUAGAACCCUAGAAAGUGGUUCUUUGUUUUGUCCUGGUAGGGGAACCCUGAAUGGUUCAACAUAGAACCCUGUAACAGAGAAUGUACUCCCUUUAGUACCGCUUUAGGAAGCUAAGAACGCUUAACACUGAGAAAAAAUCACUGAGGAACCAUGCACCGUGGGUGGACCUGCCACACGGGGCACUAUCGAGUUAACGUUAGCUAGCUGCACUCUACUUGCAAAAUCUAGCGUGCACAAGUGUGCUCCAGUUGUCCUUAUUUGAGGGUUACUUUUAUCUAAAAGAUUUAUGUAGAACCUCUGUAGACAAAUCUAGAACUGUUAACCAUCCCAAGGAACCUUGAGGAACCUAAGUGGUUUCUACUAAAAGUGACAAACAAACUUUGUGUAGCAUUUAAGCUAGAAAUUGUUCUUUUGGAUGUUUCUAGCUAAAGUUCUAUGUUUCGAAUCCCUUUUCUGAAAGAAAGGAAAAGCGCUAGAACGUUAGAACCAUUCUCAAGAACGCAAAGUGAUUUCUACCGAAAGUGGAAAUUAUUGGGGGGUUAAAUCUUGAACCCUUAGUGGUUAUUUAGCUUGUCCCUCUGGGGGAACCCUUACUGGUUCUAUGUAGAACCCUAAGAACACUUAAUGAUCCAAAGAACCCUCGAGGAACUCUUUUAUAACCGAAUAGGAAAACUUCCUUUGUUGACUUUCUCGCACCCGUAAGGAUACCGUUAUACAAGAGUGUUGCCGUAGUGACGUUUCGGUCACUUUAAAAAAUUAUUUUUUUUCAUUGCUUAUGGUCAUUUAGCAUGAAUAUUCCAGCCUUCACUGUUAUUUAUGAUUGUUGUCAUGGUUACAUAGGCUGUGUUCAAAUGAAACCAGUUCAACCUGUUAAAAAGUCUGAUGGUUAAAAUUGACAAAGCUGUUGCUAGGCAACAAUGGAAUAUUUUCAAUAUUUAUCCUUUUUUUUUUAAGUUGCAUUUUUUGUUGGACUAAACUCCUUAUUUAGAUAAAUAUUUUUAACAUUGAUUCUGAUAUAAUGUGACAAUAUAAUAUAAAUAAAUAAAUAAUAAUAAUAAUAAUAAUAAUAAUACUCAGCCUCUCUGGACUUUUGUGCAUACGUAAAUAAAAGAUGUUAUUUUAUUGCCAUCAUUUUUUCUGAAUUUUUCCCCCGGCUUUAAUUACGGCGUCGAUGCCAUCAGCUGGUGAAAAUGUUGAUAAAUAAAACGGAGUAAAGUUUAUUUUUUAUCAGCUGAAGUUGUUUUGUACUCCAUGGUUCUGCUGUAUGAACGUGAAUGUUCUUGGCGCCGGUGUUAAUUGGAGGCAGAUUGGUGUUUAACCCCGGCAUAUGGCUGAUCAUCUCCUCUUCCGUGUCUAUAGCAGAACUUUCUACGCCUCUCAUUUGCGCCUAUUUAUGAGGAAAACAAAAAAAGCUGUAGGUGUUUAAGUAAUUAUGUUAGAAUGGGUUUUUUUGUUCAUUUGUUUUGACAGAAUUGAUCCACACAACAAUGUGAAAUAAUUCUUUAUUUAGUUUUUAUUGUGUUUGAAGAAUAAAUUGCUGCAUAUUUUGUGCAGCAGUCAAUCAA